GAAGGAAGGGGAGCGUGAAACAAAAAAGAAAGGAAAAAGCAAAAAUGAGUGGGCAAAUUCGUAAGAAGAUUGAAAAGAAAUUGAGGAUAAGAGGAUACGGCUUGAAGAUGGAUGGUCUUGAAGAGAUUCUUUCCUUCGUUAAUCGCUUCCAAGAUGCUGAAGACGAGGCUAUCGAUCUGCUCCUCGAUCACCUCGAUCACCAAUCCUUGAAAUCAUCCAUAAUCGACAAGGAGGCGGUGCACCCAGUAAUCAGUCUUCUUUUGGAAGCCGAAGCAGCUGAGGAGGAAUCCCCGUCUUCUUCUUCUUCUUCAAUUCGCGUCGUUGAUGCCUUUCUUGUCCCCAAAUUUCGAUACGACCCCAUCAAGAAGCAUUUCUUUCAACAUACGGGUUGUCUACCCAUCCACGGGGAGGCUUCUGCAAAAGCAGCUCUUUAUAGAGAUAGGUUCUUGUUGCUGUUCCAAAGGGUUUCUCGUGAUCAGCAUUUUAUUAAACCCGCCUUUGAUACUGAUGUUGAAACCUCUCAAAGUUAUCAGCUAUCAACAAUACAAUCUCUGGUUGGUCAAAGAGGACGGAGAUGGGUAAUGGGUGUCAUCUCUCAGUUGGAGGACGGUCAUUUUUACUUGGAAGACCUCACUGCUGCUGUUGAAAUAGACUUCUCCAAAGCAAAAAUAACUACAGGAUUUUUCACUGAGAACACCAUAAUUGUAGCAGAAGGUGAAAUGCUUGCUGAGGGAAUUUUUCAGGUAAAUACUUGUGGUUUUCCUCCCUUAGAGCACAGAGAUAAAUCACUUAAAGUACUUUCUGGACAUGACUUCUUCGGCUGUGGUACACUAACAAAAGAGGAUACACUCAGACUUGCAGAUCUGGAAAACAGAGCAGUAAAUGACAUGUUUGUCAUACUAUCUGACAUUUGGCUAGACAAUGAACAGAGAAGGUUAUGGAAAAGCUGGGAGACUGUCCUUGAUGGAUUUGAGAAUGUGGAAAUCGUUCCUUCCUUAUUUGUUUUCAUGGGAGACUUCUGUUCUCACCCAUGUAAUCUCUCCUUUCAUUCCUUCUCAAGUCUCAGAUUGCAAUUUGGAAAAUUAGGGCGAAUGAUAGAAGCCCAUCCCCGUCUGAAAGAGCAGAGCAAGUUUCUGUUUAUUCCGGGUCCCAGUGAUCCAGGCCCAUCAACGACCCUACCACGGUGUCCUUUACCAAAAUAUCUUACUGAAGAGCUCCAGAAACAUGUUCCAAAUGCCAUAUUUUCUAGUAAUCCCUGCAGAGUAAAGUUCUACACCCAGGAAAUUGUCUUUUUUCGUCAAGAUCUACUCUAUAGAAUGCGUCGUUCUUGUUUGAUUCCCCCUUCUAGUGAAGAAACAGAUGAUCCAUUUGAACAUCUUGUUGCCACUAUAACCCACCAAAGUCAUCUCUGCCCACUUCCUCUCUUUGUACAACCCAUCAUUUGGAAUUAUGACCAUUGUCUCCAUCUAUAUCCAACUCCACAUACGAUUGUUUUAGGCGAUAGAAGUGAGCAGAAGGCAUUCAAAUAUACUGGAAUUACUUGCUUUAAUCCAGGUUCCUUCUCAGACGAUAGCACAUUUGUUGCAUACAGGCCUUGCAAUCAGGAAGUUGAGUUUUCAGCCUUGUGAGUGUUUAAAGUUUAUGGCUUCCAUAUCCUUUAUCAUGCUGAUACCUGAACACAAUCAUUUUUCGUUGUCAAUUGACAAACUGUUGUGAUUAAAU